AGUAUAGUGAAGAGCUUAAUCUAUAUUAGUUUUAGCAUUCCGACCGCCGGUGGUGCACAUCACUCGAGCGAGCGUCUCGUGAUCCAUGGUGCCCAAGGUGGCGGCCACCGCGGAGGCCAGGGGCCGGCAGGCGGCGUCCUUCGUGCUCGGCUCCGUGGCCACGCUCACCGUCGUGCUGCUCUUCCAGUACCAGACGCCGGACUACAGCCGCGCCGCCAGGUCGCCGGUGCAGUUCUCCAGCUCGGCGAGAGACGUCGUGCAGCUGCACUGCGCCAAUAGUAAUGGCACGGCGGCGCCGGUGCUCGCUGGCGGAGGAGAGGCUAACAUCACCGGCAAGCCUCCGACGACUCCUGCUGGUACUACUACUGCUGCUGUCCCCAUUGCCAAGCCAAGCAAGGCUCCUCCUGCCGCUGCUGCAUCUACAACAACUCGUCAAACCGAUCAUCAUCUUCCAAGCAGUACAGUUCUUGAGGAAGAGGGAGAGUUCAAGGGGUUGGCGGCGGCGGUGGCGCGGGUGGCGACGGAGGACCGGACGGUGAUCAUCACGUGCGUGAACCACGCGUUCGCGGCGCCCAACUCGCUGCUGGACCUCUUCCUGGAGAGCUUCCGCGUCGGCGAGGGCACGGCGGAGCUCCUCCGCCACGUCCUCGUCGUCGCCAUGGACCCCACGGCGCUCUCCCGCUGCCGCGCCGUCCACCCUCACUGCUACCUCUACACCAUGCCCGGCAUCGACUUCGCCUCCGAGAAGUUCUUCGCCUCCAAGGACUACCUCGAGCUCGUCUGGAGCAAGCUCAAGCUCCAGCGCCGCGUCCUCCAGCUCGGCUACAACUUCCUCUUCACAGACGUUGACAUCGUGUGGCUGAGGAACCCGUUCAAGCACGUGGCGGUGUACGCGGACAUGGCGAUCUCGAGCGACGUCUUCUUCGGCGACCCGGACAACAUCGACAACCUCCCCAACACGGGCUUCUUCUACGUGAAGCCGAGCGCGAGGACGAUCGCCAUGACCAGGGAGUGGCACGAGGCGCGGAGCUCGCACCCGGGGCUGAACGAGCAGCCGGUGUUCAACCACAUCAAGAAGGGGCUCGUCGGGAAGCUCAAGCUCAAGGUGCAGUACCUGGACACGGCGUUCGUCGGCGGGUUCUGCAGCUACGGCAAGGACCUCGGCAAGAUCUGCACCAUGCACGCCAACUGCUGCAUCGGCCUCGCCUCCAAGAUCAGAGACCUUCGAGGCGUUCUUGACGACUGGAAGAACUACACCAGCAUGCCGCGCUGGGCCAAGCCCAACGCCAGAUGGACCGUCCCCGGUAAAUGCAUCCAUUGAUUUUUUAGGUAGCUUUAUUUACACACACAGGGUGAAUUUUUUUUGUUUGUUGUAUUACUGUAUACAUGACAGAUAAGUACUUAUAUGCAUGCAUGGUGGGCAAAAUAUAUGAUGAUAUGAUCGAUAUGAAUAGCAUUCUAGUUGUAAAGAUGACGUGGUAUGAUUGAAUGAGAAGACGUACAUCCAUCCGAAAGAUAGAACCAAACAG